AUGAAUUCAACAUCUUCAAAUAAUCAUCUCACCGGAUCUCCUGACCCUGAAGUAUCCUCGGAGUACAGCUCAGAUGUAUCUGAAUCAACAUACUCCGGUGACAAAUACUCAAGCAGCCACGGCCAUGUCGAUGAAGACUCUGAAGACUCCAGCGAGUCGGAGGCUAAGGUUAAAGACUUGCCUGGGAUCCUCAGCGACCCGAAAUCGGGUCACACCCAUGGCUUGAAAGAAUGGUUUCUUCCACACAACAUGGGUGGAUUUGAGACCUUCAUUGACCAUGAUUGUAUCUUGGACAAUGAUGGGUACCCACUAUACCCAAACGGUCAGACUACGUUUGUCAAGAUGCCAAGUCAAAUAAUCCUCAACUUUGGAACUGUUGGAUUCACAAAGCGGACAUCUUCCGAGACCCCCAAGGAUGGUGUUUGGAAAGUCUCCCGAAUUUACUGCUUUGGAGUUCUUGUUUGCGACGAGCACCAGUGCAAAUGGGCAGGGAGUCCACCCACCGGAACCAAUCAAAUCAAGCUAUAUCUACAAAACAAUCCUCAAUGUAAGGGUCAAGCUGGUACCUGCCCAGGCAAUGUCCAACAUCAACGUUGUGAUGGUACCAUGACCCGUGUUGAUAUCAAUACCAAGACAGGCUGGGGAUUGAUGAGACACAAAGGCAUCCACAACCAUCCAUGGCCCGAAGCAAAAAAACCAGAUCCCCUCUCGAAAGCCGCAUUCAAAGCCGAGGUGAUGAAAAACCCCAAGGCCGGUGCCUUCAAGCUGAAGAUUGGACAGCCUGGGCAGGAUGCCGCGGAGGGAGCGGCUUCAAUUCAUCCAUCAUUAGUCAACAGCGAUCGAGUGCAAUACUACCAAAAACUGGUACUUACCGAGAUGGGCUAUGUUCCCGAAAGACAUGGUGCUGGUGUUGGAGACAAGUUCAUCACUGACAUGUUUCAUUGGAACGAGCGCGGCCUGAGGAUAAUCUCGUGCUCCUUCAUGGAAGGGGAGGAACACUUCACCUUCCAGACCAAGUGGAUGGCUGAAAGGAUACUUGCUCGGGGGAAAGAUCGUGAGGUUUACACAGGAGGCUUACUUUCAGACGUCACCUACCGGUUCUUUGAAAACGGAUACCUCCUGACCACGUCAAUGUUUUGCGAACAAAUUGCACGAUGGAUACCGGUACAACUUACAUGGAUUCGGGGACUGGCUGAAAAUUAUUAUAGGAUUCACUUUGCCACCCUCUUCCGGCAAUUUAUGAUUUCAUCCUUCCUUCCUUCUGAAUGUGAAACCCUGGCGCGACAGGUAGUCGACUUCUCAAUGGCACAGAAGGAGGGCUUUGUUGGGGCGUUUAUGGAGGUUUUUGGCGAGGCAGACAGGAGUAGAGCUCUCCGGAAUCUCAAAGGUUGCCAUGAACAUUUCCGGGCUCAGAUUACUCGGGUUAGACGCAAUCGAACUAUUGUUGCCGCUGGUGAAGAGGCAAACUUUGAACAGAUGUGCACGGCAUUAUUGGAGCGGUCUGAGCCGGGAGGAAAAAGCCACGAAGACAAAAUAGAUGAGCUUCGUCGUCGCUUUCCCAAAGCUAAACGGUGGCUUGACUGGUGGACCGCCUCGGAUGUUGAAGCCAUGUUGUUCCCCUCACGGUGCCCCUUGUUCGAAGAUUCUCCUGAGGGAGAAGAUAAGCUACCCAAUACAACCAAUGCACAAGAGAGUAUGCACAGGCUGUACUACAUGAUCAGCUCCGGGAAAAAGUCUAUGCUCCUCAGCAUGGUGGAACUAUUUGCUUUCGUAAAGGUUCUUGAGGAAGACUAUGGUGCUGUUAUGCGAGGUGUCUCAAUCGAGUACGGAUCUCAGACAAAAUGCCAAAACAAUGUUGCACAAUCCAUGGGAUGGCCUAAACCCAAAAAACGCAAACGUCAUACUUACAUCAACGACGGGCGGGCCCCAGACACUACGGAGGCACUCACUCUUGCUGAGGAUUCUAACUCUAACAAGCGGUCAAAGAAGCUUGGACGGCCAAAGGGAUCCACCAACAUCGACCGAAACCCAUUCACGAGAUAUCCAGGCUAUUCAGCUUCUAAAGAUCCUCAGCGACGGAACCGUUGUUGGAUGGCAACAGCAAUGGAAGCUCUCUAUGCGCUUUACAAUCCUCUGUGGCUUCAAGGAACAAACGGCACCGGUAAAGACAUGUUCAGUGCCUUAUGCCAUCACUUCAACUCUCGAAUCACAUAUGACCUCACUGAAGCUGGUCAGAUACGCUCAGUGCUCUCCAAAGGGCAGACCAAACUCUUCAACCUAGCAUACAAUCAAUACCCGGGGUCGUUUGUUCCCGGUCGAUUUGCAUCAUGUGAUUUAUUCCUCGAGAUACUCUUGGACACCGAGAAGAAUUCCUCUUGGGCGCUUAGGGGACUCUUUACGGUAGAAGAAACUCGUACUUACACAUGUGCCAAACACCCAGACUACCAACAUGAAAAGCACAAUAAACCAAGGGAAAAAUAUAUUGUGACAAUCAAGAAAGAUUUUUUCAACGAUAACAAUGUAGCUUCGAGCGAUGUGACUGGGCUCAUCAAACUCUGGACUUCAUCAAGAGGGAUCACCGUCCAUCCCGGACUACACUGUCGAAACUGCACCGCUGGGACCAAAAGAAAAUCAGACACAUCAUCUAACAAUCCUGAACCGCUCACUUCAACCUUUCGCCUAUCCUUUCCAGCUGGCAGGUCACCUCCUCAUUUGUAUUUCUUUCUGGAGGUCACUUCGAUUUUUGGCGAUGCUCAGCAGCGCACAUUUAUGGCUGUCCAGGAUUGGCCCGCCAAAUUGAAUGUUGGGGGAGAAAUUUACACACUGAUCUCUUGUGGAUACUGGACUGGAGAUCACUAUCGAUGCAAGGUGGUCAAGAACGUGGGGGGUUCAGUUGGUGUCUGGUUGCAUGAUGAUCAAGAAAACCAAGGUAAUGCCCGACUGCGUAGUGGGCCCUUUUUUGCGGCCCACACGCGUAGCGUUAGCGGUGUCGUGGCGGAAUUCCGCUACGCUACGCUUAACGCUAACGGGAAUUCCGCUACGUUACGCUACACUAACCGCUACGUCUCAGAUAAAAAAAUCACAGCCGAUAAUCCAGGAGCCAAGCGACCACCCCCGUUCGUACACUUUCGGAGCCUCCUGAGCGCUGCAAAUUCAUUCACCGGAGAAGAUCAAAGCCCAAUCAAACCAUUGAAGAUUGCGGAACGGUCACCAAGCUUUGGAUUGGACUCAACAUGUUUGCCAUUUAAUAACCCGCGUGAGGCCGUAUCAAUUUCACCGCCACCACCAUCAAGAAAAAAAAAGCCUACUGCCCCUAAAGGGCCAAAGAAGCCCCCAAAGCCACCUGCAAAAGGAGAAAAUCAGCCCCCGAAGCCACCUGCAAAAGGACAAAAGCAGCCCCCAAAGCCACAUGCGAAAACGCCAAGGCAGCCCCUGAAGCCAAAGAUAUUGAAAAAGAGCGGAAGCGGAUCAACAAACGAGAUCCCAUGGGACCAAAUGUUGGCUUGUCAACAGGCCCACUAUGAAAAGGACAGUGAGCGCCGAGCCAAAGAAAUGAGUGAGUUAGCAAAAAAAUGCCCUGGAUUUGCAUCAAACUACCUCAACUUGAAAGGUCUCGGUGGCUCGACAGCAUCCCUAUCCUCCUCGGCCCCUGAGGCUAGGGUCACUACAGCUCAUCAAACCAAACUUCCUCGCCGCCUGCAAUCUUCACCUACGAUGCCAUCUGGAUAUGCGCUGGACAAUCUGGCACCAGCGGCUCCUGCACAACCCCAGAAAUUGCUGGAGCCUACUCGCCGCCGUAGUUCACGCAAAAGUGCUGGAGUACUGGUGCCAAGAAAUUAG